CCUUUUCCUGAAUUGUGGGAGCAAGCGACUGCUGUCCUGAACACCUUCUGCACUGCAACCCCGAGGGGAGUAUUGGGAGAGAAAAGGUAUGUCCCUUCCUGGGAGGGUUCCUGGAGUGAAGGAAGUAGAAGUGUGGGUUUGGGUGUUGUGACUUUAUCUGCAUUUGGAGUUUAGUAAGUUCAUUUUCACACUAAGUGGUGAGCAAUCACCAGAGGCCAGCAUCUUGGCUUUGCUCUUUUCGGUUGUGGUACCUGGAAGACACUGCCUUCACUGUUUCCAAGCCAUGAAGAGGAUGGACAGAAGCAGGGCGAGGGGACCACUGUAUAAGCAGUUUGACUUGGAGAGAAAGAAUGCCAGGCAAGCUGAAGCUCGCCUCAGCCUGAGGCUGCAAAGGCUGGAGCUCAUCUGCCUCUAUCAUGUGAAAUCGCUGGCCAGGGAACAGAGGCAGCUUCAGAAAGAACUACAGCGGCUACAGCAAGAUAUCAUCAAGAAAAGGCUCUCCUCUCAUGUGGAGAGUGGAAUUCAGAAGAGACCAAGAGAUGGCGUCACAUUCUCACCACAAACAGGACAGAGCCACACAGUCCCAGACCCUAAAAUCAGGAUAUUGGCAACCAAUAGGAUCCAAGAAAUUAAAACUAAGAUUCAGGGGCCCUCUUUACAUGACUCUGCCCUCAAAGAUGCCCUGAGAAACGAAGAGCACCUGCAAUGUCAACGUGACAGACACAGCUGCUACAAGGAAGGGAAUUCACAAGCCCAGGAGGGAAAGUCUACAAAGCCCCUUAACAGCAGGGACCACAACAAGGAUGUCUCUGUCCCAUGUCAUGGUCAAGAGAUCUCCACCAACAGCACAGAAGACAGCCCCGUGUCUAGCUCAGAUGGUGACAGGGGGUCAGCAUCUGCAGAUGAGACCAGAUCAAAAAAUGCUGGUCAAAAGCUACAUGGGGAUGCUGGAGACCAAAAUGCCCCAAGCUCUGUGGAUUGUGCAGAGAGCUCCAAAGGCAAAUGCACAAAGCCAACCUUCCUAGAGUUGUUUGCAAAGGCCAAAAAUGCCCACUAUCUCCGCCACAGGGUGCCCCCUGAGUCUGAGAGGUUGCUUAGCAUUAGGGAGAUAUUUGGACAUGGAGACUCCUCACUCCUAAGAGAAGGGGGAAAACUGUGAAAAUAAUACCAAGUUCUUUCCUCCCUGUCUGCGUAAUGUAGCCUGGCAAUAAGGUGCCAUAACCACUAUGGAAAUGCGACCCUCAAAUAGCUGUAGUAAGUAGUACACAGAAAUAAACAGAAAUCCAUGACAACUUUCUUUUGCAUCCUUAGGGCCUCCUACCCUUUUAUAUGGUCUUUCUCAUGAUAAACUUUCUUAUAAUAAAGGAUACUAUGAAAGGGAAGAGAGGGGAUAUAAUGUGAAAAUAUUUUAAUUGAGAACUCGGACUUGUUUUGAUGGAGACAAAGCCUUGUUUGCCCAAAGGGCCUUCUCAUUGAAGAGGUGCUUAUAGCGCCAUCUGCUGGUCAAAUGGCAUAGCUGGUCGCCUUGUUUCAUUUCUUUUGGGGAUUGUGUGGGAACCCAGCUGAAACUAUGUAGUGACAUAGUCUCCAAAUAAAACCUGUUCUCACCACAGUUAGUACUCUUUCUUUGAAGCUCCUUCUUCCCUUGUUUCUC